UUGUGUCCAUUAGGAGAGAGAGAGAGAGAGAGAGAGAGAGAGAGAAUGUGGCAGAGCCUGGGUUUGACUGUGCUGGUCAUCGUGGCCACUCUCACCUGUGUGCUGCUCUUCAUGCUCUUCGGUUGGUAUGUGGUGUGGCAGCUCUUCCUGUCCAAGUUUAAGUUCCUGCGAGAGCUGGUCGGGGACACGGGCUCGCCGCAGGCCGAAACGGAACCCUCGGAAUCGGAGAGCGAGCGCAGCUCCCCCCCGACGCCCCGCCAUCGCGCCAAACCCGCACGCCAAAGAGUGGCUUUCCCAAGCAGCACUACAUAAAACUUCGAAAGGGUGCCGUCCAGCUUCUCAAACAAGAUUUAAAGAAUGAGCCACUUAGAAAUGCCCCUUUGCCAAAAAAACAAAAAGAAAUUACAAAAGGAAGGGGUGCCAAGCAAAACUAAAACAAUUCAUAGUCUAUACAGCAUUUUAAUUGAAAACUACGUCUUCUCCUUCCCUGCCUUCACUACUUUCAUUAGUUUUAUUAACGGUCAAGAAUGCGCUCCAUGCGUAACCCACGUAUCCUCCCGGUGAUCGAUCAGUGGCUCGCCCUCCUCCGCAGAUCACCUCCAGGACCUCACAGAUACAGCACAUUGAGAUCUCUUCAUCUACACGGCACUUAAAAUAAAUUAUCCGUUUCGGCUCAGACAGGCCGAUCGACUGACCUGCCAUCAUGCUGCUAACCGUUUCAUUCAUGUUACCACGCUCAGGCUGCUAGGUUAAGAUGGAGAACCCUAAAGGGAGACCUCCAAAUGCUAAAACGUGUCAAGCAAACUGACAGAAGCAGCCUGACUUUAUCGGAACUCUUUCAGACGUCUGACGUGCAAUGCAGAAAGGAAUGUACCAAUCCGCUGCCAGAAAAACCUCCGCAAUUUCAGCGCGCGGUACGGGACUUGGAGCUUCGUGAAGUCGCUCAUAGAGGAUUCACUUUAACCAUGCUAAAGAUUAAUGUAAUAAUCAAAUCUGUUACUAGUGGAUGCCACUCCUUCUGAGCUCCACUGAAACCAAGUUGUUAUUUGUAAUGUUUUAGGAUCAUUUCUGUUAUGGCAGCCGCUGUAUUAUUAUUUUUUUUCCCCUUCACAAUAAAAGUAUUGGAUAAAACUUGA